AUGCGCCUCAUCCAGGAGGUCACAGCAGAGUAUCCCAUCUACUUGGCCAACUCGAUGAACAGCCUGAGGCUGGAGGGCCAGAAGACGGCAGCAAUUGAGAUCAUACAGCAGUUCGAUUGGCAGGUACCUGACUGGGUCAUAAUCCCUGGUGGCAACCUGGGGAACAUCUACGCCUUCUACAAGGGCUUCAAGAUGUGCAAAGACCUGGGCCUGGUGGACAGUAUGCCGCGGCUGGUGUGCGCGCAGGCAGCGAAUGCAAACCCGCUGUACCAGGCCUACCUGCACGGCUUCGACAGCUUCAAGCCAGUGAAGGCCAAGCAGACUUUCGCCUCGGCCAUCCAGAUCGGCGACCCCGUGUCCAUCGACCGCGCCAUCGUGGCCCUCAAGGCCACUGAUGGGAUCGUGGAGGAAGCCACAGAGGAGGAGCUGAUGGACGCCGCAGCACAGGCAGACAGGACUGGGAUGUUUAACUGCCCGCACACUGGUGUUGCUCUUGCGGCUCUGAAGAAGCUCAGGGAGCGGCAGGUCAUAGGGCCGCAGGACAGGACUGUAGUUGUUAGCACCGCCCACGGCCUGAAGUUUGCACAGUCCAAGGUCGCAUACCACUCUAAGGAGGCGACCCACAUCUCGUGCACCUUCGCCAACCCGCCCACGCCUGUGAAGGAGAAUCUGGGGGAUGUGCUGGAUGUCAUUCGCAAGAAUCAGUUCAUCUAG